AUGGCAGCUAUUCCCCAAAACUUCUUCGAUCGAUUCCCAACCUUUCGGCCAGAGCCACGGGCACGCAUCAGCGUACAAUUCCGUCGCCUCGCUGCUCAUAUGAAAUGGGAAACCGGGUCACGGAGAUGGAGGAAGAUGUGGAAAGAAUGUAUGGGCAGCGAAUUUAGUCGGCUCUAUGGCGAUAACGCCUCUCGGUUGCAGUCAUGGCAGGAUUUAUGUCUCGAUCUGGGAUUGCAGGCCCCUCCGUCCAUUACGAAGUGCAAAAAGCUUUUAUCGAGUGUGUACGUCAAUAUAGUCGACUUGAUUGAUUGUCGUGCUGCUGGAGAAAUACCUCGAAUGUUUUCGUCGGUGGCUGCGUUGAAGGAAUACACGAGAAAGUAUGGGCAGGUAUUUCCUAGAGAAUUAGCUAAAGAGGAGGGGUUUAUUAGAAUUUUGCUGAAGAAGAUUGCUUGA